AUGUCUAAGACAAGGGCUUCUCGUCAUAUCAGCAUCUCGUACGAGGACAACGAAAAGGUUUACGGUCAUUUCCCUAUAGGUAAUCCAUUCGCCAAUUUGUUGCCUCGGGAACAACAAGCCAUUCUCCUAUUCCCGGACCUGAAAACGAACACCCCAAAAGCCCAAAAGCCACAAAAUCCUUACACGUGUGUUUGUGGUUUUGAAUUCAGCGGAAAGGAACCGAACAAGGUCUCAAAUCUCAAACGUCAUCAAGACACUUGCUCGACAAUGUUGAACAACGUUCCACCAUCCAAGAAGUUCAAAUGCAACUUUCCUGGAUGUGAUAAAGCGUAUACCCGUUCUGACAAUUUGCUGCUAAGUAAAGGAGCCGAAAUUCUGUUCCUUACUUCAAUUACUCAAAGAGAGAACAGAUUCUAAUAAAUUGACAGGUACAUAAACGCAACAAAAGCCAUAUGAGUGAAGUCACUUUGGAAGUCACUGAGUCUAUUUUCUUGGACCAACUUAUCGACUCAAGCUUUGAAGACGCGGAUAGGGAAUUCAACAACUUGAACGAUAAUUCUUUUGAUGAUGCUGUUGAUAUGACCUUUUUUCAUGGGGAUCAGGUCUAG